AUGUUCUCACCACCGGACGCCAGGUGUCCCCAGGGCCAAUGGACAGUGCUGGCCGGCAUGAAGGAGACCCGCUGGUCAUUCACGCUUGUCCCCUCCACCGACGUCGUAUAUGCUUUCGGUAAUGAUGCCUCCUCCUGUUCCUCCUUUGUUCUACACUGACGCAACAAUGUAACUGCAUUCCUUCUCCACAGUCCUAAUCUCUCUCUCUUUCUCUACCUUACAUGCCAUUCCAUGACCUUUUCUACGCAUUCCAUUUUAUGAGGAGGAUAAAGACAUCCGUAUGAUGGCAACAAUGUGAAGAUGUGACUUUGCAUGGCGUACCGACUUCCUUUACUAGAAUUAAGCGACAGAAUAGUUAAAGCCUCUCCAGUAGAUGCUCGGUAUAUUGCUUAAUUUGUCUACUCGGAGAUUUUGUGAAACAGAUUUCUACUGGCUGUGUUGUGUAAAUCGUCUUCUAGUUUCUGUAUUAAUUUAUAUACAGAAAUAUAUUUUUACUAUCAUUGUGCAAUUUUUGCAGGCUUUUUGUUCAGAUCUCGAAACACGGUGGAGGCCCUCACAGCUCCAGAUGAAUCAGUUGAUGUCAGCAACGACUUGACAUCUUGGACCUGGUCGUCCAAGAAACCCCUGGAGUCGCUCGCAUUUAUCGGUGGAGCUGCUGGCAUCAACAUGUAA